UAGGGAGGGGUUAAAUUCGAAGAUGGGAAGAAGUAUGCGCCACAGCGAUGAGGUCAAUUGUCAAAAAUGUCGAAUUUUUAAUAUCAUCCGUUUUAUACAUAGUUUGAGGAGGGAAUUUUAGAAAUUUACAUCGUUUCCACGCACGAUGACCUUGUGACCGUAUAAAUGAGAAAAAAUUUAACCGACGGAGAUUUCAGAAAUCACCAUAAUUUCGACGUAGAUCGACCAGGUGACCGUGUAAACGAGGUCAAAGGUCAUAAAAUGUCAAAUUUUCCUGGCAAAUGAUGCACCUCAAAUACUCAUCCACUCCGGUUCCACCAGUUUAUUAUGCCUGUUGCUGGAGUUUUGACAUCGCAUAAUACAGCAAAACAAAGAAUUAAAAUAAACCAUGAAUUUGAUAUCAUUAAUGCAUACCUUUUUUUAGCUUCAGUGAACAAGUCAAUCGGGCGUAAUUCACUCACACAGUAGUGUAAGCGAUGUUAAUCCCCACAAGAUAAGCGCAGAUCAUUUGACAUAUCAUUCUGAGAAUUGAUAAGCCAUUAAAAAUUUUUCGACAUAGGAUGAUGGAUUGGAUUAAAAAGAGUGUAUAACUCGGAUAACCUCUACUUAUCCUUUUACUCUAAACAUUUACUUAGUUGCGGGUUAGGUAGUCACCAAGUAGGGCGCAUUUUAUUUUGCAGCGAACAAUUUUUUUUUGCAAAAAUUAUGUAUCAUUCGCAAUUUCCCAUCUUCCUCCUCCUCGUCGUGGUGGGAGGGGGCCAAGCCCAGACGUCGGUGUGGACGUACACUUGUCUCAAUGAGAAACACUGCCAGCGGGUCGCGGUGGCUGAUCUUCCCGGGGGCGGCGGCGUUCCCUUGGACGUAUGCAAAUUAAAUUGUAACAAGGCGCAUGGGAGUUUGUUCCCGUUGCCGACUGGGCAGGUCACUCUUGGUCCAAAUACGACGCCAUUUUAUCCCGGUUAUGUCACUCUAUCGGGCUAUGACGCUUAUCCAAUCGCAGUUCGUGAACUUUUUAGAGCUGCGGCGGGGAUUUUCACGGGUCAUUUGAACAAGAUGCGGCCCCCCGGGGGUGAAAAUCCGAUUUAUUGGAACCGUGUCGACAUCAGAGCGACCGCAUCGGACAAUUCGACCUCCAUGUUAACUCUGGGAACGGAUGAGUCAUACACGCUGGCCUUGACCGUCAGUGCGGAUGGGAAAACUGUGACGGCAGACAUAUCAGCGGUCACCUUUUUUGGGGCGAGGCACGGACUCGAAACGUUAUCUCAGUUAAUCGCUUACGACGAGGAUCUCGACGUUUUACAGAUCGUAAACACCGCAAAUAUUGUGGAUAAGCCGGUUUAUCUUUAUCGAGGACUUGGACUGGACACGUCGAGAAACUUUUUUAGUUUGGACUCCAUCAAGAAAGUCAUUGACGGCUUAUCGUACAACAAAAUGAAUAUUUUCCACUGGUUAAUCUCCAAUUCCCAGUCGUUCCCUAUGGAGGUAGCGGGAAGGCCGCAGUUCACGGCGUACGGGGCAUACUCGAAGAACAAGAUUUAUUCCCUCGCAAAUAUGCGCGAGAUAGUCGCAUACGCGAAGCCCCGUGGGGUUAAAAUCGUUCCGGAAUUUAAUGGGCCCUCCCACGCCGGUUUUGGGUGGGAGUGGGGACCUUCCGCCGGAAUGGGGAACCUGGUCGUGUGUCUGAAUGCAGAUCCGUGGUACGACUACUGCCUCGAACCCCCAUGCGGACAACUGAACAUCGUCAACAAUUAUGUUUAUGAAUUGCUAGGCGAAAUUUACACCUCCAUGUUGGGAAUUUUCGACAACGAUUUAUUCCACAUGGGCGGCGACGAGGUGCAUAUGAACUGUUACAAUACUACGAAGGAAAUCACCGACUGGAUGGCGGAAAAUGGAACGUCGACCGAUAUGGAUGGAUUCGUAUCCCUCUUGGGAAGCUUUACAUCGAAGGCUCAUGACAAACUGGUCGCGGCAUCGAGCAACAAAGACAUCACUGGAAUUCUCUGGACGUCCGAACUAACUCAUCGCGAAUACAUCUCGCAGUAUUUAGACCCCACGAAAUACGCGAUCCAAAUUUGGACUGAGACGUUUCAUGCCGACACCCCCGCCAUGAUUAAUGAUGGUUACCGUGUCAUAUUUUCGAAUUACGAUGCCCUCUACUUGGACUGCGGGUUGAGCGCGUGGGUCGGCACGGGGCACACGUGGUGUUCGCCAUACAAAGAGUGGCAGUUAAUCUACGACCAUAGUCCACAUUUUAUUUAUGCUAACGCGACAAAUUCUACCGCGGCGGAUGAAGCACUGGCGGACGGCCGUUUAUUAGGAGGCGAAGCAGUACUUUGGGUGGAACAGGCGGACGAUCAAGCGUACGAAUCCCGCCUCUGGCCUCGUGGCGCCGCCCUGGGUGAGCGGCUCUGGAGUGAUCCGAUGACCGGGUGGGCGGACGCGGAACAUCGCAUGGUCACAAAUCGUGGUCGAAUGGUGGCGCGCGGAAUACGCGCGGAUCAGAUGCAGCCCGAAUACUGUUCCAUGUACCAGAACAAGUGUUACGGGCCCCCGCCACCAGACACUAAAAAAGAAGGAGCUGCCUCGAGCACGGUAGGCGGGAUCUUUCUCGUGAUAUCUUCCCUACUUUGGAGCUUAUCUGCUGCCUAACCAUAUUAUAUUUUAAUUGUAAAUUUUAAUUUAUUCUUGAUAAUUAAAGUUAAUCAGGUUUGACUAAAUAAAUGCAUUAUUCGAAAAAAUAAAAGAUGAAUAUGAUGAGAAUUACACAUAGC